AUGAUGAGUUCCAAGGGCUCCGGCCCUGCUGCAAUCUGGGAAGAAGAAAUUGAGGGUUCUGAGAGCUACCUUGUUUCCUCAUUGUAUGAGGAAUCAGCCUCAUCAGCCUCCUCCAUUUUGAAGUGGCUUUCUAAGCAUAGUGAGGACCUUGAAGCCGGAGACCCUUUCGAAUUGUAUGACAUGUUGGAAUCUGCUGGUAUGGUGCUUGUCCAAUCCUUCAAACAACUUGGAAGCACAUCAGAAAUUCUGCACGAGCUCAAACUAUUAUUUGUCUCUGUUCCUACUAUCCCUGUUCAACUUCUUCUCACUGGGGCAUGCUUUUAUAUAUCAGAAGGGCAUUCUCACGGUAUUCAAGAAUUUCUGGAAGAGUUCCUUAGCAGGUGGAGUUUUGUCAAUGAACAAUAUGUUCUUGUUGGUACAGGAGAAAAUGCAGAUGAUGCAGAAAAAUGUGAUGGGCCUUUUCUUUUGGGGGUUGAUAGGUAUCUAGAAGUUGUUGAGGUCUAUGUUUUGAAACUUCUGGCCACCAAUUUGAAUGAUGUUGACCUUGCAUCCUUUUGGGUCGAGAAUGCUAAAUUACCUGAGGACAGAAGACAGGUACUUCUUAGAAGAUUACACUCACUGCAUUCUGUUAAAGCCACUACCUCAUCACAAGGAUCCUUCUCAUCUUUGCUGGCGGAUGAAGCUCAUUCAACAUGUUUGAAGGAGAUAGCUGUGCCGGACGGAUAUCCAAAAAUAAGUACCCUCCAAAUGGAGAGACUGCUAAGAACCCAGCAGUUUUAA